AUGGAUGCCAAUGAUGCAUCUUCCCCCGGCAGUCUGAGCUCGCCCCCGCAUUCGCCAGAGCAGGGCACGCCAAAUUCCACUAUCCGAGUGUCUGCUGGUGGUGUUGGUGUUGGAGGUGCCACCACCCCUGGAAACGUAACAUCGUCACCUGCGCCACGAGGCCUCACAGCAUCGGGACAGCCGCGGAAAAAGCCAGGUCCAAAGCCCAAAGCAAAAGAUCCAAAUGCGCCCGAGCCAGAGAAGAAGUCCAGAAAGCCCCGCAAGCCAGCUGAGCCCAAGGAUCCAAAUGCACAACCUGUGCAGCGUAAGAGGCGGACAAAGGCAUCGCUGGAGCCACAGACUACACCAGCACCAGAGCCCGUCGACGAGAAGCCGCCUGUGCAGCAGUCGCCUACACCACAAACAGUACCCAGCGAGCCGGCGCCGACCCCCCAGCCAGAGCUGCCACCUGCCGUUACGCAGGCUCCUCGCGUAUUGAGCAAUCCGGAGCCCACGCUUCACAGCAAUCCAAACCUGUCCCACAUCAGUGUCGCUCCUUCCACACCACGGCCUUCCAGCUCAGGGCAGCGCUAUGAUCCCAUCCGAGGCGGUGUAUUUCGAAACGAAGCCCCAGGCACCAGCAAGUGCGCCGCCUCUCGUUUUCGCCGCCGCUCAAUCGCGCAAGUGCGUCGCCCUUCAAUCACGAGUUUGAUCCGACCCACCUUCUGCGAGCCAUUUCCUUUCUACCCACAGCCCGUGGCAAGCUUCCAGCACCAGAACUUCAGUCACGUCUGCACCGGGUCUCUCCUGCCGGCCUUCUUCUGUAGCGGGCUCUUGUCCGGCACACCGUUUGGACCUGUUGCGAGCGGCACUGGCACUGGCGAGACCCCAGGCGCCAACAUCUGGCUGACCUUCGACCUCAAGGGACGCGAGAAUGUCACCAUCAACUUCGCUCAGGAGGUGGAGAAGAAGUAUGGCUUUGCGGCUCUGCACCCUCGGAUUGCCGCGCGCCGUGAGCGCCAGCGACAGAUCACCGCAGCUGGUGCUGCGCUUGAGCGAGCCCAAGGGGGUGGCUCGAACGAUGACAUGUCCGUCGACCUGUCAGAGAACGAGAGCAAUGUUGAGAUGGGUGGCAUGGACGAUGAGACUUCCGCUCGUGAGAACGGCGGCAAGAAGCGGAGGAAGCGCAAGCAAGAAGACUAUGACAAGGAGGACGACUUCAUCGACGACACUGAGCUCGCAUGGGAGCAGCAAGCGCUCAUGGCCAAGGACGGGUUCUUUGUAUACAGCGGCCCGCUCGUCACUGAUGAGAAGCCAGCUGUUGAGAGGGCCGAUGGCACCGUUCGACGAGGCCGCGGACGAGGACGCGGAGGCACUGCGCGAGGCGAUGCGGCAGGCCGAGGCCGAGGUCGAGGAGGCGGUCCAGGUUCUCGCGGUGGCUCCACCGUGCGCAAACCUCGCGUUACCAAGGCUGACCGUGCGAUGAUGGAGCAGGAAAAGAAGGAGCGUGAGACUCUAGCGCAGACAAUCGCGGCAAAGCAACCUGUGCCAGCCUACGCUGGGGCAGCGGGCGCUUCGUAG